AUGUCCUCCUCUAUUGUCAUUUCAAUUCCCUUACAGAGCAAAUUGCAUGCAUUUUGUUCUACGAACAAUGUUUCGCCGGUAUCGAUUGCAAAGCUGGCGUUCGCCACAGUUCUUCAUCAGUACUUUGAUGCCUCCACGUUUACCUGCUUUGAAGGUCGUUCAAACGACUGUGACGAACACACACUCUAUCCAAUAGCCAAGGGCCAACAGGUUAAAUAUAACUCAGGGCUUGCAUCUACUGCUACGAUUCGGGCAGCCUUACAUUUCGGAGAAACCCACCAGCCAUCUGAUGAUAACAUAACACCGCUUCUCAUCCAGGAUGCGGCCACAGCAACCUUGAGCGACACUUUUGUUACGAAGAAUCUCAAUGCAGGCCUCGUGUUCGCCAAAGGAGCUACUAGUGCGCUAGAAGCAUCUUCUUCAAGUUCAGCUGCAGCUCUAAAUGGACUAGGUCUUCUCCUGCGGUUAGACACAGAAUCACUUUUGGCACAGAUAUCUUACAAAGCUGACCAAGUAUCGAAAUUUACAGCUGAAGGCUUCGCCGACGCCUUUGCUGCAGCUAUUCAGUGCAUCGUUACGACCUCUAUCGACACGGUUGUCGCAAAUUUGGACAUCUGCGGAGCGCAAAGCCGGGAAACUAUAUCUCAAUGGAAUCAACACUCCACAAGCGUACCCAACAAAUUGCUUCACGAUUUAGUAGGACAGGGCUUUCGCCACAAACCCGAUGCGGUAGCCAUCCUAUCCUGGGAUGGGGAACUGUCGUACUCAGACCUUGAUAAGCGGUCUUCGAACCUUGCAGCUUAUCUUAUGGAGACGUACGAUCUUGGGCCAGGUCAGAAGGUGGCUUUGUGUUUCGAGAAGUGCACCUGGGCCAUCGUGUCUAUGCUUGCAACACUAAAAACCGGAGCGGCGUAUAGCUGUCUCGAUCCGAGCCACCCAAGUGCCCGUCACGACUCUCUCAUCAACGCUCUGAACGCAUCGGUCGUCCUCACUUCCACUUUAUACGAAAGCCGUUUUAAAGAUCAUUCUGUUCUGGUACCUACCGAGGAGCUUGUCCGCCAACAUCGCCAAUACCGGCCCACAGACGUCCAGCCCAGCGAUACCUGCAUGGUGGCUUUCACUUCCGGUAGUACCGGAAACCCUAAAGGCAUCGUACAUACGCAUAACUCUUUGGUCACGGGUAUAGUGUCGAAUGCCCGCCCACAAUAUCUCGAUCGGGAAGGCGUCUCAACCUACCAGUGGUCGAGUUUCACAUUCGAUGUCAGCAUGAUAGAGAUUUAUGCGCCUCUAAUCUACGGUGGGCGAAUAUGCAUUCCCUCAGAUGAAGAGCGCAUCAACAGCGUGGAGGAGAGCAUGAACAGGAUGGCAGUCAAUUGGGCCUACUUCACCCCCUCUUUCGCGCGCCUCUUCGCACAGUACAACAUUCCCUCCCUGCAGACCUUGCUCAUGGGAGGCGAAGUUGUUACUGCCGAUGAUAUAAAUGCGUGGAACAAUCGCGUGAAAGUGAUUCAUUCGUACGGACCUGCCGAGUCGGCCACAUUUUUCUUGGCCGAAUUCAAUGGUCCUUGUCCCAAGAUCGUACCGAUUGGACCCGCACCAAAUACGUAUGCUUGGAUCGUAAACCCCAACAAUCACGAGCUCCUGUCGCCAUUAGGUGCGAUUGGAGAGAUGGUUUAUGAGGGCCCUGGCCUUCUGAAAGAGUACCUUGGAGAUCCCAUGAAGACGGAACAAGUUCUAGUCGAUGCCCCGUUGUGGAGGAAGACUAUUGACGCCCCCGCACCAUCUUCUAAGCUUUACAAAAGCGGUGAUCUCGUUCGCUAUUUACCAAACGGUACAAUGAUGUACGUUGGGCGGAAAGACACGAUGGUCAAAGUGAGAGGUCAGAAACUGGAGGUCGAAGAAGUAGAAUCCGUCAUACGAAAAAGUUUAGGUGGAUUGGGUCAAGUGGCAGUCGAUUUGGUGGAGUUUCACCAUAGUGGGCCGAGGCUGGUAGUAUUUCUGCAAUUCUCAGAAGGGCGAGAGUUGAAUAAAGACUCCAGCGGUGGAUCCUCCGGCGCGCUCCACUUAAGCUCUAUCUCGGACCAGAAGAUGAGCACCUUAACCGGUCAGAUUCGCUCCCUCCUCGUCGACACUCUGCCUGAAUACAUGGUUCCUCGAAUUUUUUUACCACUCGCCAAGCUGCCCACCAACUCAAACGGAAAGCUUGACCGUGCAAAACUCAAAGAGCAUGCUCGCAACCUCUCGACAAACGAGCUAUUGAAAUACGCCGACUCUGGCUCAAGCAAAGACAUCUUGACCGACAUAUCCACGGAUGAUAAUGUUGCGCUCGAGAUCAGUGACAUACUAAUCAAGAUCCUCAGCGGCUCAGAGUCGGUGGAAGAACAUCCUCUCAAGGGGAAGAAUGCUACGUUAGAAAAUCUAGGUCUCGACUCGUUGAGAACAGUCUCAUUUGCGAGGUCAGUAAACGAGUCUUUCGGCCUCAAGAUCCCAAUCAAGACGUUCCGAAGGGUCAACUUGAGCGUUCAGGAUAUCGCCGAAAUCGUCCGUCGCCAAGACCAGGGCAUCACGCAAUCCGAAGAACAUUCCAGAGCAGCCAUCAUUUUGCAAGACAUUGAGAAACUUGACAAGGAAUUGGCAAGCGUGCAGCUUGAGAAAGAGAUGCCACCAAAGACAAAUAUUCAAACAAGCAAGAGCUCGGUGUUCUUGACUGGAGCUACUGGCUUCCUCGGUAGCCAGAUCCUUCGUCAACUGUUAGCUCUCGCCAGGGUAUCAAAAGUCAUUGUGCUGGUUCGGGCGAAGGAUAUCAGUGUCGGCUUUGAAAGGAUCGUAGCAGCCGCCACCACAGCCAAAUGGUGGGAACCUGCGUUGGCGAGCCGUGUUGAAGUAUGGCUAGGAGAUCUCGCAAAGCCGCGAUUGGGUUUAUCACUGAGUCAGUGGGUACGCCUGGAGGGUACAUGCGUCAAUGAAUCAGAGGCAGUGACCAACAUCAUACACAACGGAGCUGCCGUGAAUUGGUCGUCAACCUACGAGCGCCUACGUGCCACCAACGUCCUCAGCACGGUGCAAAUUCUGAAGAUUGUUCUGGCGGGAAACGGACACCUGCAGACCUGUACCUACGUGUCGGGUGGUGAUAUGCACCUUUCAGAAAAGGCCGUAGCGGACGACAAUCUACGUCUUUCAUCUGCAGACGGCUACUCGCAGUCAAAAUUCGCAUCUGAUAUCCUUGUACAGCGGUGCUCUGCUCGAGCUGCUGCCGGCCAGCGUAUCAAUAUGGUCAAGCCCGGUAUCAUCAUUGGUACAGCAACCGAAGGCAUCUCCAACAUUGACGACUUCAUCUGGCGGCUCGCAGCAGGUGUAUGUGAAGCCGGCGCCUUUGUUGAUGGCGAACAAAAUGCGGUGGUUUGUCUUGCAGGUGCAGAUCAAGUCGCGCAACGUAUCAUCCAUUCCUGUCUUGGUAGGCAGUGCGACGGAGAUAGCCCACCCGAGGUUGUAAGGAUGACUGAAGGCAUCACCGCGGGUGAUUUUUGGAAAGUCGUUUCUGAUAGAACGGGUGUGAUACUGCGUGCAAUUGAUACUGACGAGUGGUUCCGGAUUAUGAAUGCAAAUGUGUCCCGUAAGGGCUCAUUGCAUCUUCUGUGGCCUGUCAUGGAGUGGGUCGAACAACGAAAAGGAAGAAUUGGUGAUCCUCAGCUGCGCAGGUGUAGAGCCAGUAGUUGCAGUGGCCACUGUCUUGACCCUAGUGUUGGGCAAGGUGGCGAUAUCACCGGUUUACAAUGCCAGCGAGACGAAAGCACUAGAAGGAAGACUCUGCAAGCAUUACGCAAGAGCGUGGAAUAUCUUUCCAGUCUAGGCUUCUUGCUACCCAACUCUGGUCCAAAUAAUGCCGGGCAAAACGUGUUUUCUAGGUCUGGAGUAAACAAAUAG